GAGAGAAGAUGACCUAAAAAUGGUACAAAAUAUGUAAUUCAUCAAUGAUAGUGUGACAUAACCAUACAGAAAUAUUACAUUUUUUUUGCUAUAGGUUACCGCUCGUUUAAAAACAAACUGGUUUGCUUUAUUAUAAGUUGUGUAUCUUUAUUAUGUCAUAAGGAUGUAUCAGAGGAUUCUUAUAAUUUGUUUGUCACUGUCGUUUACCCGAGCGUUGGAAAAGACGAUCUGUGAACCAAAAUUGGAUACACUGAGUUGUCAAACUGGCCUCAUUAUAGCCAUAGAUAGUGUCCUGUACGGACGGACACAAAACAAUGUUUGCAAUAUGUUCAACAUUAAUAUGCAGAACUUAAAUUGUCGAUCCACUCAGAUAAGUGUAUCAGCAGUAAAGAAAAGUUGUCAGUCACGCACCACGUGCUUGUUGUAUGCAGACAACAGUUUUCUGGGGGAAGAUCCCUGUCCUUCUACACCUAAAUAUCUUCACGUAACAUAUCGAUGUGUUUCCUCAAUUUCCCCGACGGCAAAUACACCCCCGACAACAUCAACAUCAACGCCGGCGAGUACACCAACGUCCACGACGCCUUUGACAACACCAACACUUGGAGUGUUACCACAUGGAGGUUCAUUUGUCAACCAGUCAAAUCACAGAAGUAGUCAACAAUGUCACGAGUACAUCGUUUCCGGACCACGUGGUAUACCGGACAGCCAGCUAUCUGCUUCAUCGAGAAAGUCGCUUAGCAACAACGCGCAUCGCGCUCGGCUUUAUAUAGAAAUCGACAAAUCUGCCAGCGGUUUCACAUUUGAGGGUGGUUGGACAGCCGCAAGUAGUGACAAUAAACCCUGGCUACAGGUGAAAAUGAACUGGCUGACAAUAAUCACUGGGAUCUCAACUCAAGGUCGGCACGUCAACCCAAGCUCGGGUUGUUGUCAGGAAUGGACGACUAGGUACAAUAUAGAGUACAGUAUCAACGGUCAGACAUGGGACAUGCUAAAAGACAAAUCUGGACAACCAAAGGUUUUUGUGGGCAACACAGACACGGAUACUGUCAUUACUCACAUGUUUGACUGUCCUGUUAUUGCACGUUUUCUACGUGUAAAUAUUUUACAAUAUCAUGGUAAUGCAUCAAUGCGACUAGAACUAUUAGGUUGUCCAUCAAACACAGUUGAUGUGGGUGUAUGUCCAAAGGGUUGGAAAGAACGACCAUCGAGUGGCACAUGUUACUAUAUAUCCGACAAAACCGAUGAAAAAACUUGGGAGAAGGCUAUGCUUACCUGCAAACAUCGGCAAGGAGAAAUGGUCAAAAUUGAUUCAAUUCAAGAAAAGUCCUGGUUGAGGAAUGAGAUUCAAUCACAGCUUAAGUUCCAAAACACAGACAAAUGGUGGAUUGGACUAAACAACAGGCCGAGAUUUGACAACAAUUAUUAUAAGUGGGGUGAUGGUACAUCCCUUAAUAGUAACAUACUGCGUUGGAACCCCGGGGAGCCGAACAAUUCUGGUGGAAGAGAACAUUGCGCACAGUACAUGAUGACCUCUGACUCAAUCAACGACAAAGAUUGUGAUUUAUCUAUGCCUUAUAUAUGUGAAAUGAAGAUGUACUGGACUCAGCCAAUAAACAAACCUGGCAUAGUCACACAUAAACCAACACUUCCACAGACGGUUGCACCGGUAACAAUUCCUAACAAAGUUCCUGUUCCAAUUGGGGUGACGGCGGUUACAUCUGGGCCCAAUGUGUUCACAACUGGGUGUUUCAAGCAAACAGAUUGUGCGGGAAAAGCUUGGCAGAAUUACCCAUCCUGUAACGGGUGUGGAUAUUACUUGACAUGUGCACCAAAUGGUGUAUUCUUGCGAAAAUGUCCUCAAAAUACGAAAUAUGAUGCAAAUAUUGACGCUUGUUCAUUCACAACAUCUACUUGUCGAGGACCAUAAUUAAGUAUUGCUCAUAAAUUUCUGGAUAGGAGUUAACAGUUUACUAUUUUUAUGGUAACAUUUAUAGAUUUUAUAUCAUUUUACAAAAAAGGAAAAGAAAAUAAUUUCGUUAUUUAUCGUUUAUUAUUCUUCAUACUGGUAAUAUGACCAAAAAUAAAAUUUGCCAUUACUCAAAGAAAUGAAGGACUUGUAUUUAUUUUUAUUCCUAAUUACCGUGAGAUGCUACGUACGUUUCAUUCCAAUCCUUUAACUUCAUAUUCUUUGUUAAAACAUACCUUUAAAC